AUGAGUCUCUUUGACCUCUUCCGGAGCUUCUUUGGGAUUCCUGGAUUUCGGAGCCACAGAGAUAACUUUUUUGGAGGGAUGACUCGAGAUGAAGAGGAGGAGGACGACGACGACGAAGGCAGGGGAGCAACAUGGGGCUAUAGGAGCCCCAGAUUUGGGGAUCCACAGCCUCCGGAGGAGUUUGGCUUCAGUUUCAGCCCUGAAGGAGGGAUGCGUUUCCACUCUAACUUCGGCUUCGAUGACCUAGUACGGGAUUUCAAUAGCAUCAUCAGCGAAAUGGGAGCCUGGACCUUGCCUUCUCGCUCUCCUGAACUUCCAGGUCCUGAAUUAGAGAUACCUGGUGAGAGACGGUGGAAGGGAGAGACACUUCGAGACUCAAUGCUUAAGUAUCCAGAUAGUCACCAACCCAGGAUAUUUGGGGGGGUUUUGGAGAGUGAUCCAGGAACUGAAUCCCCAAAACCAGCACCAGAUUGGGAUUCCCUGAGACCUUUUCAUAGGCUUGAUGAUAUGUGGCCUGUAACUCCCCAUCCUAGAGCCCGAGAGGACAAUGAUCUGGAUUCCCAGGUUUCCCAAGAGGGUCUUGGCCCAGUUCUGCAGCCCCAACCUAGAUCCUAUUUCAAGAGCGUCUCUGUGACUAAGAUCACUAAGCCAGAUGGGACAGUGGAAGAACACCGGACUGUGGUGGACAGUGAGGGCCGUAGAGAGACCACAGUAACCCAUCAGGAAGCAGGCAGCAACCCUAGAAAUGGUCAAAAAUCACCAGGAUCUCCAGCCUUAGAUGAUACUUCUUCUAUCCUGGAUUUAUUUCUAGGACGUUGGUUCCGGUAA